CUCCGCCGCGCCCCUCUGUCGUCAUUUCCUGUGGGUCUGCGGGCAAAGGGAGAAGAUGGCGGCGCUGGGGGAGCCUGUGCGGCUGGAGCGGGAUAUUUGUAGAGCAAUUGAAUUGUUGGAGAAACUGCAGAGGAGUGGAGAGGUGCCGCCGCAGAAACUUCAGGCUUUACAGAGAGUCCUUCAAAGUGAAUUCUGCAAUGCUGUAAGAGAGGUGUAUGAACAUGUCUAUGAGACUGUGGACAUCAGCAGCAGUCCUGAAGUGAGAGCUAAUGCGACUGCAAAGGCUACUGUCGCUGCAUUCGCUGCCAGCGAAGGACAUUCUCAUCCUCGUGUUGUCGAGCUACCAAAAACUGAAGAGGGCCUUGGAUUCAAUAUUAUGGGAGGCAAAGAACAAAACUCUCCAAUCUAUAUAUCUCGAAUAAUUCCGGGUGGAAUUGCUGACAGGCAUGGGGGCCUCAAGCGAGGAGAUCAACUCCUUUCUGUCAAUGGAGUGAGCGUUGAAGGGGAGCAUCACGAGAAGGCUGUGGAGCUGCUGAAGGCAGCUCAGGGGAAGGUGAAGCUCGUGGUGCGGUACACCCCCAAGGUCUUAGAAGAGAUGGAGUCCCGCUUUGAGAAGAUGAGAUCCGCCAGACGCAGGCAGCAGACCUAGUGCGCUUCAGGACCUCACACCCCCUUCUGCCUGUAGAUAGAGAAGUGUUCCCUGUGCCCCGCAGGUGGCCGCAACGCCAGUGAUUGUGAACAACAAACAGAAACUUCCCGUGAAAUCCCCCUUGCCAUUUUGUAAAUGCCUAUUUUAACAUCGUUUGUGGUUCCAGAGAUGCACACACUUUUUUCUGACACAAAAAAGUAAACGGCGAUGAGGGCAAUUCUGUCCCGCUGUUUUUACAGGCCUUUUUCAAAUGCAGAUUUUGUCAUAAAGUUGUUAUAGAUUUUUAAAAAUGCUUUUUUAAUAUUCAAAUGUACUUUUACAUUCUUAAUCUUUUUUUAGGGAAAAAAUGUUUUCUUCAUUUGGCUGCUUAUUUUAAAAUAACAGUUCUCCAAUUCUUUUUUUGCUUACUCUGUUUUUUUUAACCUGUAAAAUUCCUUUACGGUUUUCCAGGGAAUUGAACAUAACAGUCUCAGCUGUGGCAGCCCAUGCCACUGUCAGUGUUAACAUCACUGCUGCGUUUUGUCCUUUGAAGACACACACACAAUAUAUAGAAUCAAUGGUAAAUCAUAACUCAGCACAGUGGAACUUUUUUACAUUUAUUUAAACAUAAUAUGUAACGAAUAUUCAUUUAUACUGAUUUAUAAAAGUUUUUAAACACUGAAACAAUCAUUGCGAAAAUAUGUAUUCUUUCACAAUAUUUGAGCAGUGAGGCAAGAGGAUGUAAUUUGAUAGUUAGCAUUACUGAUUACAUCUUUAUUUGUAUUCAAUAAUAUAUCAAAUUACAAAUGCAAAAACAGGUUUAGGUUUCAUCUUUUGCGAAUUUUUUAAUGCUACUCAUUUUUAUUUAAAUAUAUUUCUUAUAUUUUGGUCCUUCCAUUCCUAGAGAUGAGCCAGUUAGUGUGUGAUGGGAAAUAGAAGCAAAGAAGAAAGAGUAAUACCUUUAACCUCACUAGCCUCCAGAGUUACGCACACUGACUAGCUCGAUUUAAAGAAUUGAUUUUAAAUAGGAAGAAGAUAGAAGGAUAUAUUAAGAUAGAAAUUAUGAAGCGAUGUAUUCAUAAGAAUCUGGCUGUUUGUCAAAAUGAGUAGAAACUCAUUCAUAUUAACAUGGUUGGAUCUAGAGAACCAGUGUUUAUGAUUCAUAUAUAAUGGUGGGGAUUCAGAGAGACUUUGAUUUGUCCACUGGAUGUCACUGUUUUCCUAAAAGGCAGCUAUUAGCGUAUGACUGGGACUGAGGUCUUUUUAAAGGCUGAAGUUAAAGAGUUGAGGUUCAUUUUCAGUCACAACUUACAGGAACAUUUGUAUGUUUUCUUAAAAAUGUAAGUGAUAGCUCCUAAAAGAAGAAAAUGGAUUGAAGUAUAUAAGGAAUCUAGCAUAAUUAUCGACCCUGUGUAAAAACUGGGCAUUUUGUAACAUUCCUUCAGGAAGAAUAGAAAUGUAUACCUUUUUCUGCAUGUUUGUGAGCACUGUGAGUCUUAAAAGAUUAUUCCAGUUUUCAGUGAUAUUCAGAAUAAAAGUCAAUCAGCAUUGUUAUUUAUCAUUUAGGUAUUGAACACUGGAUUGCAUGGUUGAAUGUGUCUUUAGUCACUACAAAAUGUGCUUGUAUUGAUAGGAUCAAGUUGUUAAAUUGUAUAUUUUCAGAAUUAAUUAAUGUUUUUAAAAUGUUGAGACCAAAGUAGUGUAGAAUUAUGGAUUUACUUUAAUUUAACUGUAAAGUUAUUAGAGGUAUUUGUUGUAGAGCUUUAUAUAUUGAAGGGGUAUUGGUGCAUAUGAAAACAGUGAUAUUAUUCUCAUGCUUGUAUUCUUGCAUUCCAGGGUGAGUAGACCCUGAAGAGAGCUUACUUCAGUACAGCUACAGCGGCAGCAGCUUUUAAGGGCGUGUCAACAUUUCAUUAUAAAUUAUAGCUUCCUGCUUUAGUAUCUCAGCUUUUCAGAACUUUCAGCCAAGUUAAAUCUUUUUUGGUGUUGAAACUUGGUUAGUCGAGUAAGCUUUUUUUUCCCUUCUACAGUAAUCCACAAUCUGUUCUUUAUGUGGGUUGGCACUUAUUUAUAAUUCUUAAAAUAAGAAUAGCUUAAAGGCGCCAAGUACAGUAGUUCUGCUUGCUACUGUGGAGCAUGCGUAGCAGGAGUUUGUUUUUGUUAAUGCAGUUUUCACAGCGUAUCCCGGAAUUUUAAAUCCUGACCAUAGAAAACUUCAGUCAUCAGUGGCAAAGAUGCACAGCAGUGAUCUGAUACAGUGAGGAAAUUAAGGGAAUUUUCAUCUUCUAAAUAAAUGUAUGAUCCUAGCAUGACUAGGCACAUAGUGAGUAUAUAAUAGGUUUUUGAUUUGUAAAUUACAACUUACCCUCUCUCCUCAAUUUCCAUUUGUUUUCUUGGCAUUUUGUAAUAUGUUGAUGGGGUGAUUCUCCUUAGCUGCAUGUUAGAUAGAACACACCCGCGGAGCUCUGAAAACUGUUGACACCUGAGUCCCAUCCCAUACCAACUAAAUCAGAAUCUCUGAGGCUGGGGCCAGAUGCUAAUGUUUUUGGAGCUUUCCAGGUGGUUCUAAAGGACACCUAGGGUCGAGAACCACUAGGUUCCUCUUUACAAAAUGCCCUACUGGACUCUGGACUCUGGAGUAUCAGAAUAAAAUAGUUCAAUUUACAGCUACUCUGAAGUAGCUGCAAAUAUAAUGAUGGGUUAUAUUUCUUGAUGGUUUCUUGUGGAACAAAAGGUACUUGGCAUUCCUUAUUGGGGAAGUGAUUACAGUCUCUUUUUUCUUUUUUAAUAAAAUCUGCUAGUAGUUUAAACUUUCAAUGUCUGUCCUCUUUCUGCCCCCUUUGCCUUUAAAACUACAAAAAUAGAUGUUUAUUAUUUGAGAAAGCAUGUUUGAAAAUUGCAGAUGAGAAAUAUUGUCAUCGAUAGUUGCGUGCCGUCCCAGUGUGGCCGCUUUACCCAUCAGAGCACUGCUAGACCUAGUGGCCAGUUCUUUGGGGUUUGCGAAUCCAGAUGUGUUUUAAACAGUCGUUGUCUUCCUCUUCUAAAGUUUUGAAGUUUUUUUGCUCAAGUACUUAAGUAGUUUGGCUCAAGUACAUUGUUUACAAUUUAAAUGGAUAUUAUAGCAUUUAAUAGAAGAAAUGGCUGUGGCUUAUCCGAAAAGAAUGUCAGCAUGACUUGGUCUAGACAAAAAAGAAUACAUGUUGUGAAUAUUUUAUAAUGUGGAAUGAUCAUUGAAAUGUCAAGGACUCUGGGAAUUGUAUUUCCUAAAUAAAUGUAUGUUUAUGAAUUUUCUAACUUA